AUAAACAAGAAAAGACAAGAAAUGAAAUUGUUAAAGAAAUAUAUUGAAAAGGAUAUGAGUGGCAAGGUCAAGCUACAGAUAGAUGAAGAGGAGGACUUUUGGAAUAUAUAUAACCUCAUCUCUGUGGGUGAUAGACUCAUGUCCACCACCAUUAGAAAGGUACAAAAGGAGACGGCCACUGGCUCAGUGUCAAGCGAACGUCAGAGAGUCACCAUUACAAUCACCGUGCAAAAGAUCGAUUAUGAACCGUCAAGUCAGUUGCUACGUAUAUCAGGUCCAGUCAGCGAGGAGAAUCGUCUCGUGAAGCUGGGCGCAUAUCAUACCAUCGACCUCGAGGUCAACAGAGACUUUACAUUGUUCAAGGACGAGUGGGACACUGUGUCGCUCGACCUGGUCAAGUCAGCGUCAGACAUCUCGCAGCGUGCCGACGUCGCUGCGCUCAUCAUGAGUGAGGGUCUUGGUCAUCUGUGUCUCAUCACUCCCUCCAUGACCGUUGUCAAGGCUCGCAUCGAUGUCCCAGUGCCAAGAAAGGGACGUUCAUCCAACGACACACAUCAGAAAGGUUUGGAGAACUUCUUCAAUCUCCUGUUACAAUCUAUACUGCGUACCAUCAACUUUAGUGUUGUCAAGUGCUUUAUCAUUGCAUCGCCAGCAUUUGUUAAAGAUAAGUUCUAUCAAUAUAUGAUGGAGCAGGCAAACAAGAAUGAGACAUAUAAGGAUAUCAAGGUGAAUAAGGCAAAGUUCAUUCUGGCUCAUUCGUCAUCAGGUCACAGAUAUUCAUUGAAGGAGGUGCUGUCAGACCCAGCCAUUCAACAGCAAUUGGCAAACACCAAGGCUGCCAGUGAGAUAAAGACACUGAAUGCCUUCUAUGACAUGCUAAAGAAGGAUCCAAACAGAGCCUUCUACGGCUUUGAUCACGUCAAGAAGGCAAACGAUCGACUGGCCAUUGAAACACUACUUGUCACUGAUGACUUCUUCAGAGGCAAGGAUAUUGUUACAAGGAGAAAGUAUGUUGAUUUGGUUCAAUCUGUCAAGGAUAACAAUGGCGAGGUCAGGAUGUUCUCUGGACAACAUGUAACAGGCGAGCAACUAUCAAAGCUGUCUGGAAUAGCAGCCAUUCUGCGAUGUCCAAUGGAGUUGGAGGAUGAGGAGGAGGAGUAUCAUGCAGAGAAUGAGGAUGAUGAUGAGGAUGAGGAUGAAGAAGACGAAGGAACCUCCUCUAAGCAGGAGGGUCAUGGUGACUACGACGAUGAGGAUGACGAUGACAACGAUGCACAAGAUGCUGGUGACGAUUUUGAGGACAUU